AUGGACAGUCUCGAGGCUCUUCGGGACCGCCUCAAUGAGACCAUCAUCCCACACGCCCAACGAUAUCCCCUACAAGCUAUCCUCUUCACAACCAUAAUCCUCUUCAUCACAACAAGACUCUUUACAGGCAGUUCAUCUUCUUCUCGAAAAGAUAGAUCAAAAACACCUCCUCUUGCACCCUUCUGGGUGCCUUUGUUCGGUCAUGCUCCGCGUAUUUUCCUUAGUCCUUCCGCAGCUUUGACGCGCUUCAGAAAUCGAUACGUCCAGGGUGUCUUUUCAAUCCGGUUAUUCCAGAGUAUUCACUCUUUUGUUUUUCGACCCUCGCUAGCUUCUCGUCUUCUUGAGCAACCGCAAUCUAUUGCUGAUAAGGAGUAUGUUGCGAGACGGAUUAUGAUGACCAAUUUUGGCCUCUCGAAGAAGGAUCUUGCUGCUUAUGAUGAAGCUGCUCCUGAGGUCUAUCAAGUUACCAAGGAGUAUCUGAGCGGUUCCCAUCUCGAUGCCCUCGCCAAGUCUACCCUUCGGGAUCUUGACGAUAAUGCUGCUGAUGCAAUCUCCUUCAACAGCUAUCCCACUGAUCAGAUGGACUGGGAACGUCUCGCCAAUGCAGAACUUUUGGAGGAUACAGGAGACGAGAAGAUCAUGGCUGUGGAUUUCUUCGAACUAAUGAAGACUUUCAUCGCGAGAACUGCCACUAUCUCGGUCUUUGGCACGGACUUCGUCGAGAUCUAUCCCGAUAUCUGGCCUCAUCUGUGGAUCUUCAAUGAUGCUUUCCACUCACUCGCAAUGGGUGUUCCCGUCUGGGCGCCUUUCCCAAGUUCUCAACGCGCCAGAAUCGCUCUUGGAAGGCUACUCACAUUCAUGCGGGAGUAUCACACCGAGUUAGACAAGUUUCUUAGUGAUGAAGAACCGGCAACGAAAUGGCAGGACUUUCACACUAUAAGUCCUCUUGUACGUGCCAGGACGGAAGUCUACCGAAAGCAUGGUCUAUCUAUUGAUGUUCGCGCUGCGUUUGAUGUUGCUCUUCUUUGGGCGACUACUGUCAACUCUACAUCGCUCAUCUCGUGGUCUCUGUUCGAAUUAUACCAAGACCCUGUUCUUCUAUCUCAAAUCCGCGAACAAAUCAUACCAUACGUUAAGAUCGUCCAACCUAAGAACGAUUUCGGAGGCGCUGUCUGGAUUCCUCCUCAGGUUGAGAAACUCGACUUGGAGGGUCUUCUUACUAAAUGUCCCUUGCUUCAGGGAGUGUACCUCGAGACAUUGCGAUUAUACGGUGGAGGGUGGUCGGCGAGGUAUCUGAAGGAGGAUGUAAUACUCAAAGACAAGGAAGACAGUUUUGUUCUGAAGAAGGGAACCUUCGCACAUAUUGUGAAUGACCUUCAUCAUUCUGAUCCCAGAAGCUUCACAGAUGCCAAGGUCUGGCAAGUUGGACGAUAUCUUGAAGAUACAGUGGAUAAGAAGGGUGUCAAGACACAGAAGGUUGACCCAUAUACAGUCCGAGCAUCAGAUGGAACAUUGACGAUGUGCGAUGAUUCGGAGUUCACGUUGAGAAAAGUACUCAUGUACAUCUCAGUAUUUAUCACCCUUUACGAGCUCGAACCCGCGGGAAGUGAAAGAUGGCCGUCGCCUUCGAUAGUCAAGGGAGUUGCUUCGGCACAGCCAUGGAGGUCUGUUAGAUUAUGGGUGAGGCGAAGAUCGCCGCAACCUCAAUGA